UACUAAGCACGACGAGACAAUGUUAGAUCCUGAUGGAACCCGAAGGAAAUCUUUAAAAUAGCGCCCUUGGAAAGCAAAAUGAGUUUUCAUGGCGUCUAUGACAAGAAAAGUCAAGAAUAAACUGCACCUGUUUGGAACUCCCUGCGUCUCGCUGUUUAUUCCAAGUGGCCGCUACAAUAACAGGAACUCAGAAGUUCUUGUUAUGAAGUUCUGACAUCCCUCGGACCUUCUCUCAUUGAUCAAGUUAAACUAUUUAUUAGAUUUGUAUCUGUAGCAGUUUUAUUUAUUGUUUAUUCUCUUUCUUGAUUUUCGUGUUUUAAUACCCCAACCCCUAACUUGAAAACAAAAACCUGUUGUUGCUAUGGCACAUAAUAGUGUUGAGAUUCAGAUGUGCUUAUCUGAAUCUCUAGGCACUCUGCACAGGAACACAGGGAAAGUGUUUGUCAAGGAGGAAUAACAUUCCUCUGCUUCAGCAGUGGACUGAUGCAGAAAGUCAUGACAGCCCCUGUGGUUCCUGCUUGACUGUUAGAGCUCAGACGUGUAAACUGGUCUGUCAGGGUGAAGGCUAGCAGAAGUCCAACUCUAGCUGAAACGUUCUAUCAUACCAGACGGGUUGGAAAAUAAUUUUGGCUCAGAAUGGUCAGAGGAGUGCAUUUUGGGGGUUUUAAUGCAAGCCUGAUCUUUCUGAUGUUCUCUGUCGAAGGCUUGUUGUUGAAGGAGCAGCACAGGAAUACAGAGGUGACUCAAGGGCUCAGCAAAGCUAUCUUAGAAAUGCUGCAUAUCAAGAAAGUGUCGGCGAGUCAUCAGGCCAAACCUCAUCCUUAUAUGAAUAGGAUCUAUCAACAUCUGGAGUCACUGGAAGCUCAAGACUUUGGAAGAUCAGAUGGAAUCCUAGUGCAGAGUUUUCGAAGUGUUGAUGGGCCCCAUCAUGCUCCACAAGGAUGGAUCUGGUUCAACAUCAGCAGCCUGAACCUCUCCAUGCUGGGUGCAGAGUUGGUCCUCUACAGGAAGACCCUCCAUUCAUGCCCUCUCACUGUCACUGUGACCCUGCACAGCAUCAUUGCAUCACAGCACAAUCUGAAUGAAAUUCCUGCUUUGGAGGAGAGGCAGCUGACGCUGGACCAGCGGCCCUCUUCUGGGUACGAUGUUUUCAAUGUGUCCGCUGUUUUGGUUAUGCAGCAUCUGGAGGUGGUGGGCUUCCAGCUGAGGUAUACAGAUGAGAGUGGGAGUUUGGUCCUCCAUGAAGCGCUGACACAGAGUUUGUACUGUUUGAGCAGAGGCGCUCUGCAGGAACCCUUAAUGGUGCUUUACGAAGCACGGCCUCUUCAGUUCUAAUGACAUCACCUUGACCACAGAAAAUUCAAGGAAAAACUAUACAGUUUAUUUCCUCUUGUAUCUGAUGGCAGAAAUUCCUAAACAGUAUGUUUUGUUUUGAAUGAGUAUGCAUUUUUCUGUAAUUUCAAAUGGAGUUCAGCUUGUCUGAGAAACCAGUGAUAAAUAAUUCAAACAGCCAGCUGACAACAUUCAGAUAGAGCAGAAUUUUGAAGUGAAGCUCUUUCAAGGUUGUAAGCAGUUAUUUUUUUUAGUAUAAAUCCAGACUAGCUAGUCGUGAAGACUAUAGCUAAAGGCUAAUCUGAGAGGGAUGAAGACCAAGUCAUUCUUCAGUCUGAAUGCAUUAGCGGUUUUGCUAAAGCUCUUUUAGUCGUCUUUAAACCAUUGUCAGGGUUUGUGUUCUCCCUACAUGUAACCUCCUUUGUCUUUGACACUGUAUAAUAAAGCAA